UCCUGGGAGGCCUGAACUGGGGGCGUCCCAGGGGUCCUGGCAAUGGUCUCGCAGGGGUCUGGCCUGGCCGGGGUCCCCAGAGCAGCCCUGUCCCCAGGGAACGCGGCGGCGCAGGCCCACGGUGCCGAUCCCUGCAGGCGAUGGGGGCGUCCGAGCCCCCCAACUUCUCGUGGGUGGCAGAGGGGCGGCUGGCGGGCCUGGGCAUGCCCCGGGAGCCGGGGCACUACCGGUUUCUGCUGGGCCAGGGCGUGCGGCACCUGGUGUCGCUGUCGGAGCGGGCACCCCCGCACCAUGGCUGCUGCCCGGCCAUCCGGCUCCACCGGCUCCGCGUGCCCGACUUCAGCCCUCCGACACCCGGGCAGAUCCAGAGCUUCCUGCAGCUGGUGGAGGAGGCCAACGCCCGCGGUGAGGCUGUGGCGGUGCACUGCAUGCUGGGACACGGCCGGACGGGCACCAUGCUGGCCUGCUACCUGGCGAAGGCACAGAAGAUGAAUGGCAGCGACGCCAUCUGGGAGAUCCGACGGCUGCGGCCUGGCUCCAUCGAGACGCGGGAGCAGGAGCAAGCCGUGAUCCAGUUCUGCCAGCUCGUUUGCGCUGGAGAGGACAGCGAGGAUGCGUGAGCAUGACCAUCUCCUCGGGGCAGCGUGUGCUGGAUGGGUUCGAUGGAGACUGUCGCUCCAAAACAGUGGGGGGCUUUUCCCAGCCCCGAGGUGCUGCUGUCAGUCCCUGCAUUAAAGGACUCUCCUGUG